AUGGCGUCCAACAUUCGAGCUAGAGAUGACCUAUUAGAGGGCGACCUUGCUUACGUCGAAGCCGAACAAAUCGAAGAGGACGAAGAAGAGGAAGAUGAGGACGUCAACAUUGGCGCAUACGAAGACGAGAUUUAUGAAUCAGAAUCUCCAUCGGAAUCAGGCACAGAGUCGCUCACCUGGAUAUCCUGGUUCUGCUCGCUUCCCGGACACGAAUACUUUGCCGAAGUAGGCGAGGAUUUCAUCGAAGACGACUUCAACCUUACCGGCUUGAACGCACUAGUUCCGUUCUACAAGGAAGCGCUCGAGAUGAUCCUCGACGUCGAACCUCCCGAGGAAGACUCGCUCAAGAUCCCGGAUGUGUCAAUCGUCGAAUCCUCCGCCGAGCUUCUCUACGGUCUUAUUCACCAACGAUACAUUUUGACGCGACACGGAAUGCAGCAGAUGGUAGACAAGUACGAAGCUGGCCAUUUCGGAUUUUGUCCCAGGGUGUUUUGUCAUAGCCAUCCCGUCUUGCCGUGCGGAAGGAGCGAUCUGCCAGGUCUGGAUACCGUCAAGCUCUUCUGUCCGAACUGCAUCGACAACUACAGUCCACCCAGUAGCAGGUUUCACGGUGUAGAUGGCGCGUUCUUUGGAACCACAUUCCCGCAUCUCUUGUAUCAGUGCUACCGCGAUUUGUUCCCGAGCAUCCUUGAUCCCAAGCAAGCGGGUGCUGAGUCCAACAGUGUGCUGCAGUACAACGCAGAUGCGUCCGGUGCAGGUGCAGACUCGAGCAUCACACCAGUCAUCAGAGGUGCCACCAUCGAGGCAAGUGCAGCAGCAGACGCACAAGCAGCAUCCAAAGCCACAACACUAGCUCAUCGAACCAUCCAGCCAGAACAGCUCGGUAAACGCGUCGCCUUCACGCGUACCUACACACCCAAGAUCUACGGCUUCAAGGUCUCCGAGUACGCCAAAACUGGCCCCAGAAUGAAGUGGAUGCGCUUAAGACCCACUUCCCUCGACCAGCUGGAUCGUAUCUAA